AUAUCUCCCUACAAUCUCUCCUCAUAAUUAAGAGAACAACAGUCCCCAUUUACAUUCUCCUUCUCUCUAUAAGUGUCCUUCAUUCCUGCAGAAACAUGACUCCAUUCAAGUCUCUAGCAUUUAUAACUUUGCUUGUUGCCAUAUCAGCUAUAGAAUCCGAGAGCAGAGUCGCAAGAAAGGAUUUGGGACUGGAUCUUGGUGGUGUAGGAGUUGGGGUUGGUGCAGGAGUAGGCCUAGGUUUAGGCGGUAGUGGCAGCGGCUCUGGGGCUGGAGCUGGAUCCGGUUCAGGUUCAGCAGGUUCUGGUUCCAGUUCGGAAUCAAGUUCCUCAUCAUCAUCUAGGUCAGGUUCCUCAGGUUCUGGAGGCUCCGACGCAGGUUCAUACGCUGGCUCCUAUGCUGGGUCUCGAGCUGGGUCAGGCUCAGGUUCAGGUUCAGGUUCAGAAGCAGGUUCAUCCGCUGGCUCCCGUGCUGGGUCUCGAGCUGGGUCAGGUUCAGGCAGCGGGCAAGGGUCAGGCUAUGGCAGUGGUGGUGGCGGUGGAAAUUAAGUUGAGAAUUUACGAGUCUUAAUUAGUUAAAGUAAGAGAAUGAGAAGACAGUCACCAUUUUGUGUAAAAAUAAUGAAGUAGUUAAAUGUGAGUGUUUGUAGACUAUGGAAAAAAGGGUUGUUUGUGGUCACCAAUCCUCUGCGUGUUCUCCAUUAUUAUUGUGUUCACGCUGGUCUUUCUUUUUAUCAGAAUGUGUCUGGGUUUAUGGCAAUGCUAGCUUCCUUUAUCAUGUAUGAUUGUUAGAAAUAGCAAUAAAAAUGUUGUUUUUAUAUAA